UUUUUUUUAUAUUUAUAUAUAUAUAUUUUAUUUUAUCUUUUUAUUUAUUUUUAUUCAUUAUGGAAACAUUUAUUGGUUAUAUCAAAACACCUCAAGAUGCUCUAAUCAUUUUUGAAGCAUGUCGUCAAGGACAACUGAACCGUAUUCAACGACGAUUAUCUACCAAAGAAAGAAUUCAUAUUCAAUCUGGGUCCAUUUUUGCCUGGGAUGAAAAAGAGGCUGGUAUGCGUCGUUGGACGGAUGGAAAAACUUGGUCUCCUAGUAGAGUCUUGGGUAGUUUUUUGACUUAUCGUGAAUUGGAUACAAAAAGACGACCUAGACGAAAUGAUAAUACAACAAUUAAGAUUGGCAAUUGUUCUUAUAAACAAGAUGGAUUGGUCAAACAAUCGUUUUCUAUUUGUACAGCCAAUAAUCAAAAAUUACAUCUGAUUUCUUAUUACAGCAAAAGAGAUGUAUUAAAUGGAAAAUUGAAACAACCUACCAUGGAUCCUGUCUUGGCCAACAUCACCAUUCCUAAAGGUCUUUAUCCUGAUUUAAAUCCUUUGGAUACAAGUGGAGGUCAUACUGCUACUUUACAUAAUAUGCGUCAACAACAACAAGAAGAAGAAGACGAUGAUGAUGAUUCACCACCAUCCUUAUCAUCAUCUCCAUGUACAUCAGAUGAAGACAUCAUCAUGGAUUUAUUACCAGCUUAUCAUUCUCACAAUUAUUAUCAAUCAUCCUCUUUAUUACCUAUUCAAGAUAUUGCUUGGGAAAAAUUACCAUCAUCAGAGGAUCAACGUCAAUUACAAGCAAUUCAAGGUCUUUUGAAAUUAUAAUCUAACAUUCCCCCCUUUCUAUAUAUCACCCUUUUUUGUAAUUUACCUCCUACUCUGUUGUGUGUGUCCCCCCUUAUUAUCUUCAUUCUUUUUUUCUAUAAGAAAAAAAGUAAGAAGAAAAUGUCACAUCCCAAUUGUCAUAAAAUCCCAUUGUAUAUUCUUCUUCAUAGUC